GUGUCUUAGAGAGAGAGAGAAAAUAUAGAGAGAGAGAGAGAAUAUAGAGAGAGAAAUACAGAAAUCAAAGUCGAGGAAACAUAUCUUUGGUUAGAAAAAGAAAGCUUAUUUUAAUCCGAUAGGUAUAUAUUAGCGAGGCCUAAAAAGCAAACAAAAAUCCUGAAAUUUCAACGAUUGAAAUCACAAUCACUUCCUUGUUACGCACGUGGAAUUCUGAGAGCUCGAUCGUUGCAUUUCGAGUUGAAUUCUGCGUAAUUGAAGUUGAGUUUUGAUGUGAAGGAUGUGAAUCUGUCUGGAAUUUGAAUGCGACUCCAACUGAUUCCGCCGCGGAUCUCAGCGACGGUUAUAGAAAUUGAAUUUCGAAAUUCUGAGAUUUCACGUGGAUGAUCGGGAAUUCAGUUGAAUUUUGCUAUAUUAUAAUACACUGCUGUUUUUGAAGAAAUCGCAACCUGUAGAACAAUUUGUAGAUGGAGCUGCCUCAACCUAGAGCUUUUGGAACUGAAGGCAGAAAGACAACACAUGACUUUCUUUCACUGUAUUCAUCCCUCGAGCAAGAUCCCAGACCUCCCCAAGCAGGUGGCUUCGUUAGAACUCAUGACUUCUUGCAACCACUAGAAGGAGCAGGGAAGACUGUGGGCAAGGAAGAAAUUGAUGAGGUUGAAAUGAGAGGUGUGGAGAAGCCUCUUCCACCAGCUCCUGCAGUGGAGCCUGUUCUUCCUGGUGGCAUUGGGACCUAUAGCAUUUCUUACCUGCACCAAAGGGCUCCAAAGCCAGAAGGGAGCUUUUAUACUGUUACCGACACAAAUGAUGUAAACUCAGACUACAGUUCUUGCACAAGGACUGGCUUCACAGUAUGGAAUGAAUCCACUUUGAAGAAGGAUAAUUCUGCUGGGGAUUUCAGAGCCGUUCUAAGAGAAACAGGUAUGAACAAAGGAGGAGGACCACAGCUUGGACGGCCAUCACAAACACCCUCUAACCUUAAGAACAAAACUGCAACAUUCAGUUCUUUCUUAGCCUCCCAACAGUUUUCAGAACAAAACAAUCAGAGCUUCUUAAACAUGAUCGCAUCAUCUAAAAGUGUGCGAGAAGAUGAUGGCAACUUAGAAGAAGAAGAAUUUGUCAUUAAGAAAGAGCAAUCAUUACACCCAAGAGGUAACUUGCCAGUUAAAGUUGAUGAAAAAAGCAGUGAUCAGAAGCCAAAUACUCCACGCUCAAAGCACUCAGCAAUAGAGCAGCGCAGGAGGAGCAAGAUCAAUGACAGAUUUCAGAUGUUGAGAGGUAUCAUCCCUCAUAGUGACCAAAAGCGAGAUAAAGCAUCAUUCUUGUUAGAGGUCAUUGAGUAUAUUCAGUUUCUACAAGAGAAAGUACACAAGUAUGAGGGAUCCUAUCAAGGCUGGGACAAUGAAACUUCAAAGUUGCCCUGGAGCAAAUGCCAUAGUGAUGCUCAAGGUUACAUUGAUCAUUCCCAAGGCAAAAAGAAUGUAUCAGGUCCAGCACUGAUGCUUGCUGCAAAAUUUGCUGGGAACAGACCUGGGAUCUCUCUGCCAAUUCCCAUCAGUGAGCAGAAUAUAGAAUCAAACAUGAACUUAGCUUGUCCUAAGGAAAAUGGUCAUCAGAGUGAAAAUAAUGAAAAACCAGUCUCUCUUCCAAAUGCAUUUCCCUUUUGUGGCACAAGUAACACAGUGGCACAGCAUUCACCUAAACUGGCACUUGGUGGAGAUGCAUCAACAACAUUUAGGCAUCAGUUUCAGUGUUCAUCAGAUAGAUCACACAUAACCAGUCAAGCAGUUGCAAGUGAUAAAUCAAAAGAUGAGGACCUGACCGUAGAAAGCGGUACGAUCAGCAUCUCGAGCAUGUAUUCUCAAGGGUUGUUAAACACUCUCACCAAAGCACUUGAGAAUUCUGGAGUAGAUUUGUCCCAAGCCAGCAUCUCAGUACACGUUGAUCUUGGGAAGAGAUCAAACGGCAGAUUGAAUAAUUCUUCUGCAUCCACACUCAAGGGUGAUGAUGUUUCUACAAGCAAUCAACCAAUGCCACACUCCAUUACAAGCACCAGCCAAGGCAAGUGUGACCAAGCCCAGAAAAGACUAAAAACAAGCAGAGGCUAAGCUGACAUAAAGAACCAAUCAUUUUCCACAGUUUACUUGUUCAUAGUUUGCUAUUUAUAACUAGUGGUAUAGAUAUAGAAAACUACCCAAAAGAGAUGGGUGAUGAGUGUACAUGAUUAGUCUGCACAGAGAACAGGUUGUGUCCUUAACCAAUUAACCAGCCUCCCUUAUUCAUUAA